GACUUGGUGUAUCUCAUCCUAUCUGAGACCUCCCCCACCCCCCUCAGCCGUCACGGCGCGCCACAAGCAGCACUACACCAAGAUGGAGGAGAAGGUGGUGGAUGGUAAAGAGAAGAAGUAUGUGUUAUACACGGUGGUGGGUGAGGAGCGCGGGCGUGCGGGCGUGGGCGUGUGGGUAGUGCGGGUCCUGUUGGGCACCCUGCUACUGGUCGCCUUGGCCGUGGUACCAUACCUGUCUCUGCGGCUGGCGCAGGUGAGCGACCGUACCCUGGUGGUGUUCCAGCCGGUGCCUGUUCGUAACCACUCCCUGCAUCACCACCAGCAUCACACGCAGGAGCACGCCAAGCAAGGACACGUCGAUGUGGUCAGCAUCCUGCAAAGCGCAGCACUCACUCGGGAGAAUUACACAGCGGAAGCGGCUAAUACCACAGCCAAGGCGGCUCCUCCGUCCAAUGCCAGCGUCACCAGUAGUACCGCUGGCGGUAUUGUCACACUCCAUGAGUCAGCCGUUACCCUUGCAGUGAUGGAGGACACCAACGCCACCCGCAACAGAGACGACGAUGAUAGUGACGAUGAAGGCGACGAUGACGAUGACAGCACAAAACUAGAAAAGGCGGUGGUGGAUGAAGAAAAUAAGGAAGGAGAGGAAAACACAACAACUGAAGAAUCUGCUGGGACUUCUGAAUCACCCGCCUCGGUGGGUGCCCAGGUGGCAGCCGUCACAUUAGUGGCGAGUCCCUCCACCCCGCCAGCGGUAGUGGAGAACUCCACCACCAGCAUCAACACCACGUCAGCCACUCCCAAGGAAGCUAAUACCACCUCCGCUACUCCAGCUGCCUCCACCCCCAUGCCCACAUCGCCCGCACCCACAACACAACCCUUGCCCAAAACCACCAACAAAGUUCCUUCUACCAAACUGACAAAGGAGGCGAAGACGCCCGUGUCUAGUAGUGGAGCUCCUAACACCACCACCAGCGCUGCCACUACUACCACUACCACCACCACCACCCGACGACCCCUCGCCCACAAACUUGUCUAUGUUGCCACUACUGCCUCCGGCAACCAUAUAGGCGGCUUCUGUGUCUGGAAGACCGACAAAGCCAUCACCCGCUGGUCUUUCUUCUUCGAGAACAUUCCCAUAGAGUAUCAAAGCCAUCAGGACUCCUCCGACCACGAGAUGAGAGGCAUGUUGGCAGCCGUGAGGACGUGGGCUCCUCUCUGGAAUGACCAUCAUGUCGUCCUUCGCUCACACCACCCGAGUAUCAAGGGCUCCAACCAUCCCACGCGUCUUGCACUCGCCCGCGAACUAGAGAAGCUCUCAGAGGGCCACUUCACUUACGAAGUAGAGUGGAGGCUGAGAAAGACGGACCGGGUGGUAGAGAUCUCCUACUACCUCUCUCGUCUCCACCGUGACUACGCCCAUUGGUACCGCACCUUCGAGGGCCGAGUAGACGACCUUCUCGGCCAGCAGGACUGGGCCGUCGCCAGAACGCAGAACCGAGCCCUCAUCUCUCAAGAAGCCUUCCACACUGACUUCCCUGACGAGAGCGAAGAUAAAGUGGUGGUCGGGGAAAAGUGAGGCGCCCCUUUCCAUCUGCCAUCCCACAAAUACUACACUUACUCACAAUCUCAGUAUGAUACUACAUGACUAAAAUUAAGUGAUUAGAGGACAUUAGAAUGGCCGGUCGAGUCGCCACAUCAUAAAAUUUAAUAUUUUGGCAGAUAAAUAAAUAGGAGAACCUCUGUCUCUUGUGAUACUUAUGGUGAGAUAGAAAGGUUUACUUGACUUUGUGAUAAAGGUAUAGACCUACUGUUCAAGCCUCUUUGAUAUCUUAAUAUAGAAAUCCAAUUAAUUCACUUAAAACUAGUAGUUAGCUCACAACUAAAAUCAGUUCCAUAUUGAAAUUAAUGUAUCCCAACAGAACAGUUUCAUGAAAGAUUGUUUGAUCCUUAAGCUGCAAUGCACAAAAAUUAUCUGAUAAACUCUUCGUAUAACACAAGUCAAUUACCGUGAAACAACUUAAGAAGACAAUAAAAUACGGCACAGACCUCGACGGGGGCACCAAUGAGCCGUCAACGCAACCUAGUUAAAAAAAAAAAAAAGUCAAAUUAAAGAGUAAAUCAAUGUAUGUCUAAAGUCAACGUUAUACUGAAGGCUUUCUGCCAGGAAACUUUGUUAGUUUCAUCAUACGUACUUCAUAAGUAUUAAGAGAACAAAUAAAAUAUUUGCAACAA